AUGAAGGGUUUUGUGAUUUCAGGAAAAAAAAAACGCAGAAACAUUACCUGCAGUCGAGCUCGUCACCGACACUAUGUUGUCGUCGCCGGAGAAGAUGGCGCAGGAGGUGAACCCGCCGUAGAAGAUGUUGGCGAUGGAGGCGAUCACCCUUUUACUCUCUACGCACCACUCCGACCACAUCCACCAACCAUGCCACCACCAAACCUUCCUCCACUACCCCCGCCACCACCGUUCUUCUGGGGUGAAACACCGGAGGAAGAAUACUACAAAUCCCAAGGCGUCCGGAACUCCAAAUCCCACUUCGAAACCCCUAACGGCAAAAUCUUCACUCAGUCAUGGAUUCCACUAGACGAAGACCAACCAGUUAAGGCCGUCGUGUUUAUGACCCACGGGUACGGAUCCGACUCCAGCUGGUGUUUCCAAAAGAUCUGCAUCGCAUACGCCAAGUGGGGAUACGCCGUCUUCGCCGCCGACCUCCUUGGUCACGGCCGCUCCGACGGACUCCAUGGAUACAUCGGAGACAUGGAUAAAGUAGCCGCAACUUCACUAUCAUACUUCCUUAGUGUUCGCCGGAGCGAACAGUACAGUAAUCUCCCAGCCUUUCUUUUAGGCGAAUCGAUGGGCGGACUGAUCACCAUUCUUAUGUACUUCCAAUCGGAUCCGGACACAUGGUCCGGCUUGAUCUUAUCUUCCCCACUUUUAGUAAUACCAGAAGGCAUGAUUCCCUCCAAGCUACAUUUAACGAUGUACGGACUACUCUUCGGACUAGCGGAUACGUGGGCUGCGAUGCCGGAUUCUCGAAUGGUGGCGAAGGCGAUCAAAGAUGUUGAGAAACUGAAGAUAAUAGCGGUGAAUCCAAAACGAUAUGCCGGAAAACCGAGAGUGGGGACGAUGAGAGAGAUUGUGAGGAUGACAAACUAUGUUCAGAACAACUUUGAGAAGGUGAAGGUGCCAUUUUUUGUUGCACACGGGACAUCAGAUGGGUUGGCGUGCUAUACUGGUUCAGAGAUGUUGUAUGAGAAGGCUGUGACUGCUAAAGAGGAUAAGACGUUGAAGCUUUAUGAAGGAAUGUAUCAUUCGUUGAUUCAAGGGGAACCAGAUGAUGCUGUUGCUCUUGUGUUGGGGGAUAUGAAAGCUUGGAUUGAUGAAAAAGCUCAGAAGUUUGGGUCUAAAUGUACCACUGAUUAAUGCUUUUCUUCUUCUUGAAGAUCCUUUUAAUAAAACUGGUAAAAAUAGUGUGGAUGUUUUGUAGUUUGAAUGUUGUAUUUUACACUUGAUGAAGGGAAUUGAGGGAGAAAGUUCUACAGGCUACUUUAUGGCCGGAUUAUUUGUUGUGGAAAUAUAGAAAGAAGUUGCUACAUUUUAUAAAAACAAAGGAUAGCAAUAGCUUAACAUGAUGAGUUUUUUUUUGUCUUCUUUUUAAUCAAUAAUUGUCUUGCGUCGUGUAUUAUUGUACCUUCUUGGCUUCUUGUUUUAAUAGAAAGUUAGAUACGACGAUGAUUCAAAAAGGGUGAUGUUAAGUAAACCAUUUGUUUUAACGGAAUAACUGUAGUUGACAAAAGUAAUUGCCAAAUAAG